AUGGUUGAUUGUGGUAAUGGUUACCUCGGCAAUGAUCGUGCUUGUACAAUUUUAGGAAUUGGUGAUGUGAUUAUUAAGCAUGCAAAUGGGAAGGAGCAUACAUUGACUAAUAUGAGAUGUUUAUCGGCAAGUGAACAUGAUGAUGUGUAUGUUUGGCAUAGUCGGCUUGGUCAUCUUAGUGAGCAUGGAAUGAACGUUUUGGAGGAUAAAAAGCUUAUUCCUUUAUUUGAGAAUUCAUCUCUUGAAUUAUGUGUGAAUUGCAUCAUGAGCAAGCAACAUAGAGUAAAUUUUAAGAGGCAUGAAUCUCACGGAAAGUUGAAGGUAUUGGAAUUGGUUUAUUCGGAUGUUUGUGGCCAUAUGAAUGUCAAGUCUCUUGGUGGAUGUGGCUCCUUCGUCUCCAAUUCUGCUAAUUUGGUUAAGUUACAAGCUCUUGUGAGCUCCAUUCAAGCUGCAUCAACCAAUCAACUAAAUCCGCAUCAUAUCUUCACUACUAAUUUGGAUGUGCAUCAACUCCAUCGCGGCAAUCAUUUCAACCCGGAUGGGAGAUUAUCUCAUUGGAUCAAUUGCAUCACGGACGCUAUUCGCCUAGCGGGCAAUCCUUGUUUACACCAUAUUCCCAAGGAGUGGAGUCGACCUGCUUCCAAACUGGCUAUACAUGGCUUGAGCCUUCAUGUUAUUACCAUGUUCCAUCAAGCAGCAGCACCAGCACUGGCACCUGCACCAAAAGCCAAUUGCCAAAUAAACUUAGACUCCACACUCAACACAAGUUCCUCAUGGCUCUCCCCUUCCGGCCGCUUCACUUUCGGUUUCUACCCGGAAGGCAGUGAUGGCUUCAAAGUCGGAAUACAGUUCAUAGAGUCUCCUAACAAAACAACAGUCAUUUGGACAUCAAACAGAGAUAAAUCACCAGUGUCCAAAAAUGCCACUUUGAAGUUUGGAAAAGGAGGUCUCAAACUCCUCUGGGCAAACUCACAAGGCGAAGAUCAAAACGUUUCCAACUCGGAUCAAUCAUCUUCGGCUUACUGUGCUUCCAUGCUGGACUCUGGCAACUUCGUCAUUUAUGACUCCAACAACACUGUUAAAUGGCAAACAUUCGACUCCCCGACCGACACAUUAAUGGCAGGCCAGGUGCUGCGCAGCGAAAAUGACCUCGUCGCAAGCGUCUCUGAAACGAACCAUUCCAAAGGGAGGUUUCUGCUUCGAAUGCAAGCGGAUAGCAACCUGGUCAUGUAUCUUAUACCUUCCGAUUUCUACUGGUCUUCAGGCACAAGCAGGGAAGGAUACUCCAUCCUGAACCUCGGCCAGGAUGGAAUCCUCUUCCUUACAAAUAAGGAUCAAUCCCAGCGUAAAAAUUUAACACAAGGUGACCAGAGCAACAACCCAAAUACCAUUCACCUUGCGAGGAUUGACCCAAAUGGAGUGCUGUAUGUAUAUGCCUAUGAUUUAUUGGAGAACACCUCUAAUGUUUUGGAUACACGGCCAGAUGAUCAGUGCAAGGUGAAGGGCAUAUGUGGGUUCAACAGUUUCUGCUCUUCAUCUGGAGAAAAGCAGUUGCUUCAAACAACCGCUGCCUUUGAAGUAUGCAUCGAAAAUCGCAGACACAAAGUCUUAUCCCAAUAUAGAGUCUUCAUCAAGCGAACUGUUCGCAGGAACACAACAGUUCCAGGCCUUGAUGGAGUUUCCGGUGUUGUAAUAAAGAAAGAGUUGAGUGGUGGACCUCUGAUAGUCUUCGUGGUCGUUGUUUCUGGGUUGAUCAUCUUCAUCUUUGUCUUUUUUUUCAUUGUAUUCAAAUGUCAAGCUGGAAGGUAUAGAAUGAUGUGGAGAAGGAAAGAGCUAGCCUUAACUGAUGAGAUUGCACCGAUAUCAUUCUCUUACUAUGAGUUGUAUGAUGCCACUGAAGGUUUCAAGGAAGAGGUGGGGAAGGGAGCCUUUGGGACUGUGUUCAGAGGCACCUUACAGAGCACAGGGAAGGUGGUGGCAGUGAAAAGGCUUGAGAAGGUGAUGGAAGAGGGAGAAAAAGAGUUCCAAACAGAGAUGAAGUCAAUUGGCAGAACACAGUAUAGAAAUCUAGUACGACUACUCGGCUUCUGCAAUGAAGGUUCCAACAGGCUUUUAGUGUAUGAGUUCAUGAGCAACGGAUCAUUGGCUGACCUCAUCUUCAAACCUGAUCAUCAAAAUAGACCUCCUUGGAAUGACAGGUCGAGAAUUGCAUUGGAUGUGGCCAGAGGACUUCAUUAUCUGCAUGAGGACUGCGAAACGCACAUCAUCCACUGCGACAUAAAACCGCAAAACAUUUUAAUGGAUGAGAACCGGUCUGCAAAGAUAUCGGAUUUCGGGCUGGCCAAACUAUUGAUGCCUACUCAAACAAGAAUAUUCACUGGCGUCAGAGGAACAAGAGGGUAUCUAGCACCAGAAUGGCAGCAGAACACACCUAUAACUGUGAAGACAGAUGUUUAUAGUUUCGGUAUUGUGGUGCUAGAGAUCUUGUGCUGCAGAAAGAAUAUGGAGUUGGAGGCUGAGGUAGAUGAAAUCAUACUUUCAAAGUGGGUUUACAGUUGUUAUCUUGCAGGGGAGUUAGAGAAGCUAGUGCUGGAUGAAGAAGUAGACAUGGUGGAGUUUGAGAGGGUGGUGAAAGUGGCACUCUGGUGCAUCCAAACGGAUCCAAUUCAACGUCCUUCUAUGAAGAAUGUGAUCAUAAUGCUGGAAGGGUGUGUAGAAAUCUCCUCCCCUCCACAGCCAUAGCUACUCACUAAAUUUUCGUUAUAAUUAGCAGUUUGUGUUUUCAAUCAUCAUAUUUUUGCCUUAUUAUAAGUUAUUGUGUUGUAGCAGUCACCUUAAUGAACCACAACCACUUAUCAUGUUUAAUUCCUCUACUGUACAGCAAGAAAGACAAAUUGUUGCAUUUUAUUUAUAUAAAUAUU